UAUACUUCGAAGAGGUAGCAGGUUGAAAUGAAAACCUAAAGGUUAAACCCUCUAACGCGCGAGAUGUUUUUACCGUUUAAUGGCUUGGCAUGGGUUUUAAAUAUGUUUUAGCCCCUGAAAUUAUAUUCUUAAUGAUAUUUUCGAGUUUAUUGCUCGUUUGUGAUUGCAAUGGAAUUGGAGGUUUGGUUCAUGAGUAUAACUUUGUUGACAAGAAGAAGCAACAGUGUUCCUCAAAAGUUCUUUCUUUUUCAGAAUAUAAUCAAUGUCUGGAGUGUUUCUUGAUAAUUAAAGGGUGGUAUUUUUUUUUUGUGAGAAGCAAUUCAAGGGUGGGUUUCUUAACUCCCAAAUUAGUGCAAAUCUGAGAAUAAACAUUGUAUUUUGCAUCCUGAAACCUGAAAUAUAUCCAAAACCAGCUUAUAAUUCUGAAUCAAUUUACAGUGUUUUUUUAUUCCUCUCAAUUGCUCAGCUACCACCCCAUCCUUGAUCGGAUUUGGUUCAGUAUGUGAGAACAAUACUGGAAUAUUUGUCCAUGAAAGUCACCAAUCAAGAAAAAAGGGAAAAUUGUUGUUGAAAGUGAAUAAGUGGGUCGUUUUGGAAGGAUUUGGUUAUUUAUUUGGUCUUUCAAAUGUUUGGAUUCAUUGGCUGCAUCUGCAAAAAUCCGCGGCUGUCUUCUGCAAGUUUUCAACUUAGAACACUGAAAACCCAUGGAACAUCUCUCUUGUUCAAGCUUUCUCCUCCUGUAACCAAGAACAUUAGGUUAUCAGACAUUUCUUUUGGGCCUCUUAAUCUGUUUAUACAGAAGAGAUGGAAGAAACCUGUGAUAACUGCACAAAUGCGCCUCGAGGACAGAACAAGAGACCUCAAGUUGGACAAGCUGAUGAGAAGCCUCAAGAGACUGAAGAUAGUAUUGAGGAUUCAAGAACUGAUGAUGUCUCGAAGAGACCGGUAUGUGUCGGUCCAAUUGCUUUCGAAGUGGAGGCGCAAAGUGGGGUUGAAUAUUGGAAUUGGUAUUUUUCUCAGAAAGUAUCCACACAUUUUUGAGAUUUAUACUCACCCUCUGAAGAGGACCCUUUGUUGCAGGCUUACCCAGAUGAUGCUUAGUUUGAUAGAAGAAGAAAAAAGAGUUAUAAGAGAGACUGAAUUCAUGGCAGUUGAACGCUUGAAGAAGCUGCUAAUGGUGUCCAUCAAUGGCACUCUGCACGUGCAUGCCAUAUCGCUGAUAAGUAGAGAAUUGGGUUUGCCAGAAAACUUCAGAGAUUCCAUUUUUCUCAAGUAUCCUGAAGAUUUCAGUUUGGUAAACCUCGAGAUUGUAAAAUUGGUUAAAAGGGAUGAAAGUUUAGCAGUUGCUGAGGUAGAGAAGUGGAGAGAGAGAGAAUAUAGAGAAAAGUGGUUGAGUGAGUUCGAGACUAGGUAUGCAUUCCCAUUCAACUAUCCAACAGGAUUUAAGAUAGUGAAGGGAGCCAGAGAGAGAAUGAAGACUUGGCAAAGGCUCAAUUAUUUGAUGCCUUAUGAGCGUAAAGAGGUAGUUCGGGCACGUACUUGUGGGGGUGUCGAUCGUUUCAAGAAAAGGGCAGUUGGCAUUCUUCACGAGUUUCUCAGCAUAACAGUGGAGAAAAUGGUUGAGGUAGAGCGAUUGUCACAUUUCAGAAAGGACUUUGGCGUGGAAAUUAACUUGCGAGAGCUUCUACUGAAGCACCCUGGAAUAUUCUAUAUAUCAACCAGAGGGAACAUCCAAAAUGUUUUUCUUAGAGAUUCCUAUAGCAAAGGUUGUUUGAUUGAGCCAAACCCUGUAUACACUGUUCGGAGGAAGAUUCUAGAUCUCCUUCUGAUGGGUUUUCGCAAUACCAAAAAGAUGGGGUCACAAGAAGAAAGAAACAUGGUCUCUCAAGAGGCUGGCAGAGAUCCAUCUAAUGGAGAAUGGGUUAUUCCUAUUUUAGAGAGCUUACAUAAUGAAGAGUCUGAUCCAAGCCUUAGUGGGGUGAGUUGUAGCAGUUCUGAUGAUGAUGAUGGUGAGGAAUGUGACUGGGAUGAUGCCUAUAUUAAUCAGGCUGAAAGGCUAGCGACUCAUAAGUGAAUUGCAUAAUUCUUCUUGGAAAUAUUAUUGCAAAUUCAAGGAUCAAUAUCUUCAGUUUUAUGUUACUUUGAGUUCCAUAUGAUGGGCACUAUUAGCAGUAGUUGGCCUCAAUAGUUCAAUAUUGUGUUACCUGGUGCUCUAGUUUUGAAAUGGGAAAGAGGUUACGCUUCCCGAAUCACUUGCAUGUUUCCAGUAUAUCAAUUCAUGAUUGGUGAAGCUCGCUCUCUCACUCUCUCUCUCGCUUGUUAAAUUUGAAUUGAUUAAUUUGGGGCCAAGUGAGAUCAAUAGUAGCUUUUGUUAUUGGUUGUUAUUGCGCUAUUAUUGAAUUGAGUUGGUCAUGAAUUACAUCGAUAAAAGCGUGAGUUCUAACCUAAACUAACAGUUUACUUGGCCAAAAGAAAAAAACAAUUCAAUAAUAUCUUUGUGCAACACCCUUGCUUCUGUAUAUUAUGACAAACUUUUAAAUCCCUUCUAGUUUGGACACAUUGGUUUGAGGUUGAUCUUGAAAAGCAUCAUAUGUUGGGGAUCAUCAUCCUUGUCUCUGUAUCUGCAAGCCUCAUAUUCUAUCGAUUUAGGCAUGGUGCUCCUUUUGUAUCAUGUUGGCAAAGUUAUGUUCCCUCCUUUCUUUAUUGUCUAAGUUGGGUUGUAUUCCAUCCUUUCUUUUGGCUUGGUUGAGAUAUGUUCCAUCUAAUCUUAGUGUAUGUCCAUUUAGGCAAUGUGUAUAUUGCUCACUUUGUCUUUUCAUCUCUUCCAAACCGUUGCAUUGGUUAUAGUGGAUUGUCACUCUCACUAUUCUCAAAAAAAUAAUUGGGUGGUUCUUGUGUAGCCUGAAGAUACAAGGGUGCUGAAAGAUUUACAUAUUAUGGGUAAAUUUUUGUUGUUUUCCUAAGUUAUCCCGGAUUGUGAGUCCCCACCUGUUUUAUUGCUAAAAAAAGUAAUGCACAUUUGACUGUUAGACUGAAGCCAUGAUCAGUGUUUCAAAAAGCGGACUGCUCAGUGCCUAGGCGGCCGCCUAGGCGGAUCUGGGGGCUUGAGCACAUUGCCCAGGCCUAGGUGCCCAAAAAAAGCGGAGGCUUCUGGGCGCCGCCUAGGCGCCUAGGAAACCGCCUAGGCGGCCCAGUGUCCAGACUUGGGCAGCCGCCCAAGUACAACGCCCUGCCCCACCCAGAGGUGGAAAAAGCUUUCGAUGGGGUCUAUUUUUGUCCUUUUUU